AGGCGGGGGGCGCGGCGGGAAGGGGCGGACCGGACCGGACCGGGCCCGCCGGUAUGGCGCACAAGCAGAUCUACUACUCCGACAAGUACGACGACGAGGAGUUCGAGUACCGGCACGUGAUGCUGCCCAAGGACAUCGCGAAGCUGGUGCCCAGGACCCACCUGCUCUCGGAGUCGGAGUGGCGGAACCUGGGAGUGCAGCAGAGCCAGGGUUGGGUCCAUUACAUGAUCCACGAGCCAGAGCCUCACAUCUUGCUCUUCCGACGCCCGCUACCCAAGAAACCGGAGAAGUGAGCAGCCCCCGGUCUGCCGCAGCCUCCCCCCCUCCAGCUCAGACAGCGCUUUCCUCUUUCUCGCCGUUCCCUAGACGCUGCUCCGGUCGGUGCCGGUGUCUGUCGGUACCGCCCGGCAGUCCGGUCCCGGUGCCUGAGCGUUCACCACGGGUUCAAUAAAUGGAUG